UACAAUCAUCGAAAGAGAAACAAAUGUUCAAUUAACUUUGUUCUGCAGUGUAGUUGUCGGUGGGACCUCAUCAAAACACGAAAUGGCAGACGCCAAGGCUCUUCUUUUUCUGGCCCUUGUUUGCUGUUCGGCCUUAGCCGUUAGCAUCAAAUCGAAGGGGCGAUUGAAUUCAAAUGAAGCAGACGCCAUCGCAUUCCUAGACCAGUACAAUACCGAGUAUGCUCCAAUUCUUAACCAAUAUGUUAUUGCUUCGUGGAAUUAUGAAACCAAUUUGACUGAUGCAAACGCAGCUGCCGUUGGGGAAGCUGGAGCUGUAGCAGGGGCCUAUUAUGCUCAGGCAAGUGCCACUGCUGCCACAUUUGACACGACCAAUUUCUCUGAAGACACCAAACGCCAAUUGUCUUACUUGGAUUCCGUCAGUCUGGAUGACGCUGAAUCGGAAGAGCUGUACAACCUACUUAGUGAAAUGGGGUCAAUUUAUGCCAGUUACCAGGCUUGCAGGACGAACCCGACAACCGGAGUCAACGAAUGCAUGUAUUUAGAGCCGGAACUGACGGAACUGAUGGCGAAAGUAGGAAAUUACGACGAUCAUUUGUGGGCAUGGGAAGCUUGGCACAAUGGAGUCGGUCGCCAACUGCGUCCGCUUUAUCUGCGCUACGUCGAACUGUCCAACAAACAAGCCCAGCUCAACGGAUACGCCGAUUACGGAGACCAAUGGCGUCAGAAAUACGAGACGACCGAAUUGGAAACGAUUGUCCAAGACUUGUACGCCCAGGUGGAGCCGUUGUACAAGCAACUGCACGCUUACAUCCGCCGUAAGCUCUACGACACUUACGGGCCGGACAAGGUGGAUUUGCGCGGACCUCUGCCCGCUCAUUUGCUGGGCGACAUGUGGGGCCGUUUCUGGGUCAAUUUGAACGAAAUCGCCAUCCCUUAUCCGGAGAAACCGUCGACUGAUCCCACACCGGAAAUGAUCCGCCAAAAUUACACCGUCGAGCGCAUGUUCCGCACCGGAAACGAUUUCUACACCUCCAUGGGAUUGUACCCGGUGCCCGACACUUUCUGGAACAUGUCCAUGUUGGAGAAACCCACAGACGGGCGAGAAGUCGCUUGCCACGCCACGGCCUGGGAUUUCUACGACGGCAAAGAUUUCCGCAUCCGAAUGUGCGCCCGAGUUGUCUUUGAAGAUUUCCAGACCGUCCACCACGAAUUGGGACACAUUCAAUACUUUAUGCAAUACGCAUUUCAGCCACUCAACUACAGGGAUGGAGCCAAUGACGGAUUCCAUGAGGCGGUCGGAGAGCUAAUGUCUAUGAGCUUUUCAACUACCAAACAUCUCAAUACGCUUGGUCUACUUAACGUCCCCGAUGAUAUUGAUGUGGAUAUGAACUUUUUGCUGUUCCAAGCCUUGAACACCAUUUCGACUCUUCCGUUCCAUUUGACUCAAGACACUUGGCGUUGGAGUAUGUUCCGCGGUGAUAUCCCGGCUGCAGAACUUAACGACCAGUAUUGGGCCGAAAAAGCUCGCGUAGUAGGAGUGGCGCCACCUGUUGGACGUGAUCCAGCGAGCGAUCUGGAUAUUACAGCCAUUUUCCACGUCUGCAACGAUUACGACAUGAUCCGUUAUUUUAUGCGCACCUUCUUCCAAUACCAAUUCAAUGAAGUACUUUGCACAGCAGCUGGUCAUGAGGGGCCUCUUUACAAAUGCGAUUUUUACAACUCGACUGCGGCUGGAGAUGCUCUUGCGGAAAUGUUGAAACUGGGAGCUUCAAAACCCUGGCAAGAUGCCAUGGAAGCCAUGACCGGCCAACGUGAUGUUCUUGCUACUCCUCUUCUUAAUUACUUUGCGCCAUUACAAGCGUGGUUAGAGGCCGAGAAUGCGAAAAAUGGCGACUUCAUUGGGUGGGAUCUGCCUGCUACCAAAGAAAAAGCUCCCGUACUCUUGAAAGACAAACUGCGAGGCAAACUGGAUGUGACCUCUCCAAAAAUUAACAAAGAGGCUGCCAAAUAUCUGGCACCAAUUUUUGCCGAGGCACUCCAAUCGUUGCGUAAGGUUCGAUUGUAAACCGUCAUGAUACAACACGACCCCGCUAAUUCAAAUAAAAUUAUCAUUCAAA